GUUGAAAUCUCACAUAUAUUUACAUAACCAUGGGCUGUAGUGCAGCUAAAGCAAUUUAAAUGAUCGCAUUAUCUGCAAAUUACUGCACUUUCUCUUUUACAUUUUAUGUUUCCUCAUAACCUUUUAUGAUGUACUAGUUCAUAUAUUUAAGCAUUCUGAAACAAAUACUUUGCACAAUAUGGAAGGAGUUUUUCUAUCGAAGAGCCCUUUCAUUGCCUAUAAUAAUCAAUGAAUUCUACAGGGAACAGUUAUGGAAACAGAACAUAAGUUUGGAGAACUGGACAUGGCAUGCCUAUUAUGAAGCUAUCCCAUUCACGGUAGAAAUUGAAAGAAAAGUUGAAUUGAAGGAGUAGCAGCAGACAUUGAGAAAGACACAGGAACUUCAGAAGUUCCAUUCAGUGCUGUCUGCAUUGGCUCUAAAAGCCUCUCGCAGGCUUGCAGUGGAGAUGCCAAAGGCUGAACCUGAGUUGUGCUGCAUCCAAAGCACGCACUUCAGUUUAUCUCUUCGGGUGGAAGUUGUGCCCAAGAAGCAAGGCCGCUUCAGUGGCAACAUGCUUGGUGACAUUUUAUCUGUUGAUUGCAGCUUCAAAAUACACAAACUGGUGCAGUAAAAACAAAUGGUACAAAAUAUAGCCAGCUAUCCAAAUAUAACAAGACGAAUGCAACCGUGUAGCAGGAAUAUGAAAACAGCUCUCUUAAACAUCCAAGUGAAAGCAGUGAAAUAUGUGAUGUUGCAGUUGUGGACAUGAGUGAUUUUUCCAGGCAGCCGUCCCUGUUCUACCAUCUUGGUGUACGUGAAAGCUUUGACAUGGCCAAUAAUGUUAUACUGUAUCAUGACACGGAUGCUGAUACUGCUCAGUCUCUGAAGGAUAUGGUGUCUCAGAAAAACACAGCUGCAGUUGCCAACCAAAAAGCUUUUCUCCGAGUGCAACUACCUCCAGAGUACCACAGUGGUGGCAUGAUAGGCAAAGCUUCAAGUGGCAAUUACUACUUCAUUCCAUACAUUGUAUCACCUUGUGCUGAUUAUUUUUGCUGUGAAAGUGAUGCCCAGCGGAGAGCCUCUGAGUAUAUGCAACCCAACUGGGACUCCAUCCUGGGGCCUCUCUGUGUCCCGCUGAUGGACAGGUUCAUCAACCUUCUCAAGGACAUCCAUGUCACAUCAUGUACAUAUUUUAAAGAAACUCUAUUAAAUGACAUUAGAAAAGCUAGAGACAAAUAUCAAGGAGAAGAAUUGGCAAAAGAACUGGCCAGGAUAAAACUUCGUAUGGAUAAUACUGAAGUUCUGACAUCUGACAUUGUAAUCAACUUACUUCUGUCAUAUCGAGAUAUCCAGGACUAUGAUGCCAUGGUGAGGCUGGUAGAGACACUGGAAAUGCUCCCUACUUGUGAUCUGGCUGAUCAGCAUAAUAUCAAAUUCCACUAUGCUUUUGCACUGAAUCGAAGGAACAAUACCGGUGAUCGGGCAAAAGCACUACAAGUAAUGUUGCAGGUCCUGCAGGCAUGUGAUCAUCCAGCGCCAGACAUGUUCUGCCUCUGCGGGAGAAUCUACAAGGACAUCUUCCUAGAUUCAGACUGCAAAGAUACUAGUAGCCGAGAUAGAGCCAUUGAGUGGUAUCGCAAAGGUUUUGAGCUCCAAUCAACUCUGUAUUCUGGAAUUAACCUUGCAGUGUUGCUGAUUGUUUCAGGGCAGCAGUUUGAAACCUCUAUGGAACUAAGGAAAAUAGGUGUGCGGCUAAACAGUCUGUUGGGAAGAAAAGGGAGUUUGGAAAAAAUGAACAAUUACUGGGACGUUGGGCAGUUCUUCAGCGUGAGCAUGCUGGCCAGUGACAUUGGGAAAGCAGUGCAGGCAGCAGAGAGGCUCUUCAAACUGAAACCACCCAUUUGGUAUUUGAAGUCCUUGGUACAGAACUUGAUGUUAAUUCAGCGUUUCAAGAAACUUACCAUUGAGCACUCUCCUAGACAAGAAAGAUUGAACUUCUGGUUAGAUAUCAUUUUUGAGGCAACCAAAGAAACCACUAUUGGCUUGAGAUUCCCAGUGUUAGUGAUAGAACCAACUAAGGUAUAUCAGCCUGCGUAUGUUUCAAUCAACAAUGAAGCAGAUGAGAGAACUGUUUCCCUUUGGCAUGUGUCUCCUACAGAAAUGAAACAGAUUCAUGAAUGGAAUUUUACAGCAUCUUCUAUCAGAGGAAUAAGCAUAUCUAAAUUUGAUGAACGAUGUUGUUUUCUGUAUGUUCAUGACAACUCUGAUGACUUUCAAAUCUACUUUUCUACAGAGAACCAAUGUAGCAGAUUCUGUAGUUUGGUUAAAGAGAUUUUAACUGAUGCUGUUGGAAGUACUCUGGAACUUGAAGGAGAGAUUGAUGGUGAUACAUUGGAAUAUGAGUAUGACUAUGAUGAGAAUGGAGACAGAGUGGUAUUAGGUAAAGGAACCUAUGGGAUAGUUUAUGCUGGAAGGGAUCUUAGCAAUCAAGUCCGAAUAGCUAUCAAAGAAAUACCAGAGAGAGACAGCAGAUAUUCUCAGCCACUGCAUGAAGAAAUUGCCCUCCACAAAUAUCUAAAGCAUCGAAACAUUGUCCAGUAUCUUGGUUCUGUUUCUGAAGAUGGAUAUAUUAAAAUCUUCAUGGAACAGGUGCCAGGAGGAAGUCUUUCUGCACUCCUAAGAUCAAAAUGGGGGCCAAUGAAAGAACCUACUAUUAAGUUCUAUACCAAGCAGAUCCUAGAAGGCCUGAAGUACCUCCAUGAGAACCAGAUUGUACAUAGAGACAUCAAAGGAGACAAUGUUUUAGUGAAUACAUACAGUGGAGUAGUAAAAAUUUCUGAUUUUGGGACUUCCAAACGCCUUGCUGGAGUCAAUCCAUGUACAGAGACCUUUACAGGUACUUUGCAGUAUAUGGCUCCAGAAAUUAUUGAUAAGGGGCCUCGAGGAUAUGGUGCACCAGCUGAUAUUUGGUCAUUGGGCUGCACUAUCAUUGAAAUGGCAACAGGAAAGCCUCCAUUUCAUGAACUGGGGGAGCCACAAGCAGCUAUGUUCAAAGUUGGAAUGUUUAAAAUCCACCCUGAAAUCCCUGAAUCACUAUGUGCUGAAGCAAGAGCGUUUAUUUUGCUUUGCUUUGAACCUGAUCCAAAUAAACGGGUCACGGCAUCUGAUUUACUGAAAGACCAAUUCUUGAAGCACGUGAAUAAGGGCAAGAAAAACAGAAUUGCAUUCAAGCCUUCAGAUUAUAACCGUAGCACAUCUCUUCCUCCGCCAGUCCAAGGAGAACAGGCUGGCAGCAGCAGCAGCGAACAUGGCUCAGUCUCACCAGACUCUGACUUGCAGCAUGACUUGUUCUUUGAAAAGACAAAGCGCUCUGUGUCAGAGGUUCAGGCAAAGAAUGCCUUUUCCCCUUUACUAAGCGUUCCUGAUGACAGCACCGUUUCAGAUGAGCGGAGUACUUCCCCCUCCCUUGAGGAAAGGGAUUCUGGUCUUUUCUUGCUACGGAAGGACAGUGAACGUCGUGCAAUUCUUUAUAAAAUACUCAAGGAGGAACAGAACCAAGUUGCUUCCAAUUUACAGGAAUGUGUAGCACAGAGUUCUGAAGAACUGCAUCUUUCAGUUACUCACAUCAAGCAGAUAAUUGGGAUUUUAAGAGAUUUCAUACGCUCUCCUGAACACAGAGUUAUGGCAUCAACUAUAUCAAAGCUGAAAGUUGACCUGGACUUUGACAGCACUUCCAUCAAUCAGAUUCAGCUAGUUUUGUUUGGAUUUCAAGAUGCAGUUAACAAAAUACUAAGAAAUCAUUUAAUUAGGCCUCAUUGGAUGUUUGCUAUGGAUAAUAUAAUACGACGUGCCGUUCAAGCCGCUGUCACUAUUCUCAUUCCAGAACUACGGGCUCACUUUGAACCAGCAUCAGAGACUGAAGGAGUAGAGAAGGAUACAGAUGAAGUAGAGGAAGAUUACCAGCAAAGUGAGCCAAAAAGACAUGAAUCAGUUAUUACAUCUGGAGUAUGCUUACUCUCAUCCUGUGCAUCUCCUGAUGCUCAGCAACAGCUUAGUUUGCAGUUGAGCAAGCUAAAGCAGGAAACAAACAGGUUACUGGAAAGCCUAGUACAGAGGGAGAGAGAAUAUCAAACACUUCUACGACAAAUGUUGGAGCAAAAAAAUCAGGAGCUGCACCUCCUUCAGCUACAGUUGGAAACCAGUGAUAUUCAACCAUCACGAUCUGUUCUUGAGCAUAGUGUAGAUGAAGAACUCAUCAAGUGGUUAAAACAACAAAGAGCUGAUUCAGAUGCGAUUGAUAGGUUUGUAGAAGAAGAUUAUACACUCAGUGAUGUUCUAAACAACAUCAGUAAAGAUGACUUGAGAUUCCUUAGACUCCGUGGUGGCCUUCUCUGCCGAAUUUGGAACGCAGUCUUAAAACACAGAAAACUGAAUGCCACACUUCUGGAAACGGAAGGUUAGCACUUCAAUUCUGCUAGGUGCUGAUGAGUUGAAAAAAAUGAGAACACAUUCCAACUAAGUCAUUAACUUUUGCACACACUGUCUGUAUGCUGGUCCUGCACGGUUUGCACAAAAGACAGAUAAACAGGCUUUCUUCAGAAGUGUUAUAUUAAAGAAUAGGCGGAUCGCAGUGCCUUCAUAAAUAGAAUGUUUUAUGAAUUUUCUUUUGUAAGUAGUCCAUUUUGCUAUAAUAUUUAAACAUACUAAAUUAUACACUGAUUUUAAUAAUGAAAUUGUUUUCAGAUAUGUAAAUAUUACAGUACCUGAAAAAAUGUUUGCUUUAUAGAUAGAUAGAUCUAAAAUUUAGCUUAUGCACUUUAAGCACUCAAUGUAAACAUGUUACAGUUGUUGACAUACUGGCUGCUUUUAGAACUGUUUUGGCGGGUCUCUGCUAUAUUCAGAGUAAUGUGAACAUUAGUUUGGUUUUAUAAAGAAUUACUUAAACCCCAGAAACAAGUAAAAUUGUACAAAGAUUCCAAGCAAGGAGAAAUAAUUACAUAUUUAAUGUUGUCAUGGCUUUUGGCUAGUACAAUAAACUUUGGUAUAUUUAAUGAAAA